AUGCCUACAACAACAAGAAUCAUUUCUGACACCCGGAAGCAGGAAAAAGAGAAGAUCCCUGCCUAUGAGCCAAACAUUCCUGAACCCAAAUGCAGAGCUGAUCUGAUCAAAUACUGGGUGAACCUUUCUCUGGAUGACAAGACAGCCAAUAAGAUGCUGUGGAUCACAGAGGGCGGUACUAAAGUGGCCCGUAUGACUGAUGACCUCACUUGUCCCGUUUUGGACAGACCAGAGAGAUAUGAGUAUGCUCCACAGGUUCUUUGCAAUGAAGGCAUCCUGGGCUACCGAGGCUACUGGGAGGUGCAGUUUUCAGGAUGGGUUGUAGUCGGGGUCGCGUACGAACGAGCGGGAAGGAGAAACAGUGAUGGAUCUUGCGGCCUGGGUGAAAACGAGGAGUCCUGGGGUCUCGGCUGGAGCGGUUCCAGCUAUCACGCCUGGCACAAAGGCCACAAGAUAGAGAUCAUGGAGAUUCCUAAGUGCUCUGUAAUUGGUGUUUACCUUGACCAGCCUGCUGGUGUCCUCAAUUUCUAUGCUGUGGAGGAGGUGAAGGAGGGAGAGGAGGGUGCAGGAGGAAAGGAGGUUAAACUUUUGCAGCAAAUUAGGAGCUCCUUUAAGGAGAAAAUGAUACCGGGUUUCUGGGUGGGGACACAGUCUCACUGUUCAGUUAUAAAGAAAGAGGAAUAG